GAAGACCGCGCCCUCGCGCUCCCUUCUACCACCUUGUUCCUCCAAGCGUCCGGUGCGCAGUAUAAAAGAGUUGCACUCUGCCGGGAACAGCAUCACUUGAUCACCAUCAAGCAACACAUUCACACUACAAUGGCUUUCGUUAAGGUCCUGGCCGUCGUGGCCCUCGCCGCCGCCGCCAACGCCGGUCUGGCCCCAGUCGCCUACGGAGGCUACGCUGCCGCCGCCCCCGCCUACGGAUACGGCCGUGCCUACGCCGCCGCCCCCGCCUACGCCGCCCAGGCCUACGCCGCCCCCGCCUACGCCACCCAGGCUUACGCCGCUCCCGCCUACGCCGCCCAGACCUACGCCGCCCCCGCCUACGCCACCCGUGCCUACGCUGCCCCCGUCGCCGCCGCCUACCACGCUGCCCCCGCUGUUGCCACCUACGCCGCUCCCGCCGUCGUCAAGCAGCCCGUGGACUACUACAGCCACCCUCAGUACCAGUUCGAGUACGCCGUUCACGAUGCCCACACCGGUGAUGUGAAGAGCCAGUCCGAGCACCGCGACGGAGACGUCGUCAAGGGCCAGUACUCUCUGCUCGAGGCCGACGGCACCACCCGCACCGUCGACUACACCGCUGAUGCCCACAACGGAUUCAACGCCGUCGUCACCAAGUCCGGCCACGCCUCUCACCCCGCUCCCGUCGUCCACAAGGCCGUCGCCCCCGUGGCCGUCGCCCACGCCGCCCCCGUCCUGGCCCAUGCCGCCCCCGCCUACGCCUACGGAGGAGCCUACCACCACUAAGUUUCGCACUUAGCGCGUCGACAAGACUCCCACCCCCACCCCCUUACCAAAUCUCGCCUCAUUAGUCCCUCGCCUCAUUGUGUAUUAUAAAUGCGAAGAUGCCACCCCGGUCCCCACGCUUCUUUCUCCCUUCGAUUGAUUGAUUGAUUGUUCCUUCACACACAAAAAAUGUUGUGGAACGCGCGUCUCAACGCUUGAUUCUGUUGUUUUUGCUCGCUUGAAUCCAUCACGCACCGUUGUAUGCCAUUUUCAUUUCGCACGCCACACCAGCGUGUUUUUUAUAAUAAGAGAUACGCGACGACAAGUCGAAAUAAAUUAUAUAAAAACGAA